UGAUGCAGGCCGCCGGCUUCCGCCCGCCGCCGCUAUGGCGGUUUAUUUGACUCCGCGGUUCCGGAGGCUGCGGAGUCAGAGCGAGCUUGAGCCGCGGCGGCGGCGAGAUUGUGAUGGUCCUUUUCAAGCAACUCAGCUGUGGAAUAGUAUUAUUCAUGCUCUUCACAGUCAGGUGGAAAUCAAAAGACGUAGACAACAUCUGAAAACCUACAAAAACUGUUUCACCGGCUCAAAUGCUGUUGAUGUGGUACUGAGCCAUCUUAUGCAAAGCAUGUACCUGAGCUGUAAUGAUAUUUCUCGGCUGAAAGGAGUCCGUGUAUGCCAAGCAUUGAUGGAUCACAAGGUGUUUGAGCCAGUUGGAGCAAAGCUUUACUUAUUCAAGAACGAGAAAGAAACAGAGUUUGAAGACACAAGCACUAGUCUCUAUAGAUUUGUAAAUAGCAGUCUUACGCCUCUUCUUCUGAGAAAGAAUAAAGACAAUGAGAGCUUGUCUACUGAGCAAAUCUGCAAACAGAAGACAAAAAUACCAAGUUCCAAAACGAAGUGUGAAACAACACUUUCAAACCCCUUAGCAUUAGAAGCAGAUGAUAAAAAGAGGGUAGAGGAGCUUCUUCAAUCAAUAAAUGUUCAUGCAUCUUUACCUCCAAAGAUCAUGGUUAAUGAACCAACUCAUCUGCUUUCAAAAAGAGUAAUAGAAGAUGUCUGGAAACAGCAAACUCUGCUACGACUGCUGCAGUUAAUUGAUGUUCCGCUUCUGGAAGAUAUCUUGGUGUCUUCAGUGAAGACAAAACCAGACUGCUUUGGCAAAGAAGAAGACCUAAUUAUCUCAAAUACUUUCCUGGACAGAGAGGUUACAUGUAGCUUAAACUUGCCUGAGCUUGACAAAUGGCUCUAUGCGGCAAUUGAAUGCUUGGAGUAUUUCCCAGACCAAUUCAUAGUGAUGGUUAGUCAGCAGUUACCUCAAAGCACUAACAAACCGAGCAGUCUGAAUACAUACAAGAAGAUUCUUUUUGAUAUUAUAAUAAAGUAUUAUAGUCAAAAGAAGGACUCCCUUCUUGCCACUCAGGAUCUCGAUAUUCAUUCAGGAAUUAUAGAACUUAUAGAAAAAGGAAAAACAGAUCAAGCUCUAGAGGCAUCACAACUUUAUUUAAAAUUAUUAGCACCAAAUAUCCGAGAAGAACUACAUAGACUCCUGACAUUCACAGCCAUUGCAUCUGAAUCAGAGGGCUACAAAUUACAAAAACAAUUCGAUAACAGAUCGGUGAUCAUCAAGACUUGCACAAAGUUCAUCUUACACAAUAAGACAUUGUCAAAGCCACAGGCGGAACUGCUGACGCAGUUUCUGAUGGACAAUCACUCCGAGCUUUUCAAGACUCCUUUAACUCUUCUGGAACUAACUAGUAGGAGACUUGAGACUUUGCUAGAAGGACAAGAUCCAGAUACUGAUUCAGGCUUCACCUUCUGUCAGCGUGUGACAACUAAAGAAUAUGAAGAUCAAAAACAACAAACAAAUCAGUAUCUUCUCGCAUUGGUUCAAGAGAUAGACAAUGACCCCACUAUUCCUUUGAAGCAGAAGAAGAAGAUAAUUAAAGAAUUCCGAAAGUACCAUUCUCUCAUCUAUUGUAGUCGUUGUAAAACUACAUGUGAAUUUUGUACUCUAAAUGUGUAGGCGUCAAUGCAACCAUUUUUAUUUUUUCUUAAAAGGGGGAUGCAUAUGAAAAUUGCUUGUGAUACAAACCACUUUCUUCUUAUGUCCUCACAUCUUCAGUUACAGGAAAGCAUAAAAAUUAGUAUGCUGCUAAAAAGCAUUAAUUCUAAUUAAUAUCUCUUUUAAGCAAAAUGUACUUAAUUACUUUUAAGUUAAUAAUAAUGGCACACUGCUUGUGCUGCUUUGAGUUUGGGGAUCGGCACUUUUUUCCUUCUGUCCCACAACCCCGUGGCUUUCUACCUGAACCAAGUCUGCAUUCAGAGCCACGCUGGUGUUCGUAACCAGGAAGGCUUUUAAUCUUUUCUAUCUGUAGUUCAUAAUUUAACCGUAAUCUAAUCUUAAACUGUAGAUGAUGACUCCUGUGAAGACUGUAGAAGUGUACAAAGUAUGUCAAAAAGGUUAGGAGUGGGUCAGUGGGUUUUGAAUCGGUGGCGGGCAGGAUUGAUUAGGCUGGGGAGCUGUGUGUGCGGGCAGUCAGUAAUUACAGCCUCUUGCUCCUUCCCCACCCUGCCAGACUGAGCUGCUGCUAUUCUGCUAAUUAUGCAAAAGCAAGUAAAAAACUAAGUUUUGAAAAAAAAACUUGAGGAAUAAUAAUCCUGUUUUAGAUCUCUCAGUGUACUUAAGCAAUUUAUUUUAACGUGAGGAUACUUUGAUAGUGUCCAGUUAUUUGUUACCUUAAACACUUUGAUAGCGCUUAUGGAUUCCUAGCGUAAAGCUAGAAAGCACAUUGGCCUGUCUUGACGCAUUGAUGGUUAACUGUACAUUGACAAGGAAAUCAUGAUUCAAAUCAUUAAAUAAAUAUGCAAUAUAAUGUUAUAGGGGUUAAAUUACUUCUUCUGGCUUUAUGACAGCCGUUUGAUCAUGUAUUGGACAUAGAAACAGAACUGAGAUUGGAAGGGACCCCUGGCUAGUCCCACCGCCCCGCUCGAAGUGGAGUCAAUUAGUGCAGGCUGCUCAGGGCCUUUUCCAGUUGAAAUUAGAAUAUCUCCAAGACCGGAGGUACCACAACUUCUCAGUUGAGUCUGGUCCAGAGUUUGACCAGCCUCACAGUAUUUGGGGGUGGGGAAAACCAAGAAAAGAAAUCCAUCUUACGUUUAGGUAGAAUUUCUUGUGUUUUUUGCCUCCUGUCCUUUCACUGGGCAGUGCCUGGCUCAGUUGUCUUUAUUCCCUGCCCUGAGCCUUCUCUUCUCAAGGGUAUACAAUCGCAGGCCUUUCAGCCUCAUCCUUGUAUGACAGAUGCUCCAAUCUGUUAUCAUUUUCACGGUCCCUUGGCUGGACUAGCUCCGCUAUGACCAUGUUUGGUUUUUUUCUCUUGUGAAUAUGGUUCUUUAGGUAUCUACAUCCUCAGCUGCUCUUAAAACGUGGUCAAAGUUACCAAGAUACCAAAGCUUUCUGAAAACAAAUGUUGUUUUCUUUUCUUUUAUAAAUUGGAAUGGUUACACUGUUAGAUAUAAUCAACUAUGUGUAUAGGUAAUAGGUUGUGUUAAUUUGCAUAUUUCAAGUGGCCUUAUUUAAGUGACCUGGCCCUAUUAGAAGUCAGGGAAUGUAGUUGAAAUCUGUCCAUGUGUCCCUGUUUAUGCACUUGUUAUUUAAUGGUGACUGUCCAAUGUAAAACAAUUUCUGGAGGAGGAGGAAAGACCAAGUUUCACCUUUUGGAGGUGAAUGCCUAAUUGCUAGACUACAGGGCCACAUAUUCUUUUUUCUAGCCCCGUGUUGGGGUUUUCAUCGUUCUCCCAGAAGAGGGAGCACGUACAGAAGUAGGUUAUUGAGAAUUGUAAACAGGAAGGUAUUUCCAGAUUAAGUGCUUCUGGUGUUGAGUAGUGGGAGAAGGGGCUUUUAGUUUGGUUUUCGUUCUCUCUCUUUUCAGUCCCUUUACUGGGUCUCAGUCAAAAUACUGAACUGGGUAAGAGGGAGAGGUGAUGACAUGGUAAUUUGUAGGCUAGAGUAACUGGGAAUUGUUUUGGGAAAAAUUGUUUGUAAAAAAACAAGUUCUUGCACUUUGUGACUUGAUUAGAAUUUUCUUGUGAUAAUUUAAAGAUGAUAAUAAAACAUUGUAUAAAAAGCGGUGAAUCAGUCUAUCCUUUAAUAGUGCUUUCAUAGGGAAGAGACAGCUCUGCGGCUGUAGAAGCAGGUAUCAAAGGGCAAGGAAAUGCUUGAAGUGGACAGCAGGAGUUUAUAGCUGCCCGGUGCUUUCCUUCAGCUCAUGGGACGAGUCAAGAUUGAUCUCGUUCUGCAAUGGAAAGGAAGAGAUCUUGAGAGCCCUAUUUUAUUAACCUACCCUAACAGGAGGAUCUACAAACUUUUAAUCUUCUGUUGAAAGAAAUGUGAUAUUUUACCUUUAAGGGCCUGCUGAACAGAACAAGUUUGGUGAACUGCAAACUACUGUUUUUCAUUGUUACGCUUUCAGUUACAUUCCAAAAUGAAGAAAG